UGCCGGGGCUUGUGUUGGAGCUUUUUCCUCAUUAGAGCAACGUGUAUUUUCUACAACCAAAAGCUUUUGUGCAAUGGGUCGCCGCAAGUCCAAACGAAAGCCCCCUCCUAAGAAGAAGAUGACGGGGGAUCUGGACACACAGUUCACCUGUCCAUUCUGCAACCACGAGAAGUCAUGUGAUGUUAAAAUGGAGAGAAGCAGAAAUACUGGGAUAAUAUCAUGCACAGUCUGCUUGGAGGAGUUCCAGACCCCAAUUACCUAUCUGUCAGAGCCAGUUGACGUGUACAGUGAUUGGAUAGAUGCCUGUGAAUCAGCCAAUCAGUAGCCUUCAUGGAACUGGAUGCUUUUCAGGAAGAGGAUGGGGAUGUGUCUGGUGCGCCUGAGCUCAUUAGGAGCAUCCUGGUUAGAGGACAUUUGUGAAACUUUUUUUUUUUUUUUUUUUAACUGGUUUCUUUAUGGCCACUUGGAAAUUACAGUUGUGUAAGCAGCUGUCUCCCUUUCAAUGUAAGGUCCUCAGCACCAAUGGGGCUCUGAGGCACUCCUGUUGUCUUCUACCCUUCCUUUGUAAGGUUCAAAUCACAAUUUGUCUACCCCCACUUAUCGUCAUACAUUGAGCAGAGCUUUCUGCUUUCCAAUACAUGUUUUGUUUUGUUUUUUGUGAUGGGUCUCAAAGAUCCUUUAGAUACAAUUUAGACAAGCAUUUAAAUAGUUGUUUAUUUUGAAGAUUAGAAAAUAAGUUCCUGAUUUUUAUUUUUGCUUGUAAUAGAUUGAUAUUGUUAGCUGAACAAUGCAAUUUUAUACAUCAUGCUGUAGUGUGUGCAAAUCCCAUCCUGUCAUUAUAAUGUG